AUGCACUACAUAUGAUGCAAUUUCUUUUUAUAAUUCUGACUAUACAUGUACUCGACUAAAAAAACAUUUUCUAUCUAGCUAGUUGCUCUACGUACUCCCUCGUACAGUCUAUAUAUACAUAACCAAUUGGUAGCAACUACCAAAUAAGCCACCAUCAAAAUCGAACAUACAUUAGAGGAUCCUCUAAUACAUGGAGGAGGAGAAUACCACCACCGUGGCCUCACCGGACGGGAAGCCGGCGUCAAAGGGCGGCCAGAACGGGUUGAGAUGGAACCCAACAAAAGAGCAAAUAAACUUGCUUGAGAGGUUUUAUAACGAAGGGAUAAGGACCCCAACGGCGGAGCAGAUACAAGAGAUCACAGGCAUGCUUAGGGCUUUUGGUCAUAUAGAGGGGAAGAAUGUGUUUUACUGGUUUCAGAACCACAAGGCCAGGCAACGCCAGAAACUCAAGCAUCAACAUAACUUGGCCCCUCUCUUUAUCCCUUCCACUAAUUACCAACUCCAUUAUCCUCUUUACCCCUUCCCGCCGCCUUCUCCAAACGUUACCUACCCACCGUACUACAUGCCGCCGCCGCCACAAGGGGGUGUUGGGAUUUACCCAAAAAACACCGAGUUAUUUAUUCCUUCCUGGCAAACAAUGGGGUAUAAUAGGAAAUUGCCAAGUAUGGGUAUGAUAGGUUGUGGAGAUGAAGAUGUGGAAAGAAAACGAGGAAACGCGAAACCAUGCAGGCCAGAAACGUUGAAUUUGUUCCCUUUGUGUCCUACUGGGGUUUUACAUGAAGAAUGUAACAGGAAGAAUGUGGAUGCAGGCUUUAAUACACCCACUCCGUCCUGGUCUGGAGAUGAUGAUAAUGAUAAUGAGCGCUUCACAUUCUUUGAUUUUUUUUGUGGGAAUGGUUGUUAUGGAAG